AUGGACACUCCCGAUGACGAAGACAAUGACAAUGCGGAUGCUGUACAGGCUUUAAUUUUGGCAGUUUUAGCAGUGGCAUCGUGUCCGUCGACGACUGGCAAUGACAACGGCAAUUGCAUCAACACCGGGUGGCAAAACCUGCCGGGAGCAAGACACGUGCGGAUGUUGGACGAGACGAAUUUCCAGGAGACGAUUAAAGAAAAUUGCUGCGUGCUGGUGUUUUUUCACGCUAAAUGGUGUGGAUACUGCGGGCCGAUAAAACCGGUGUUCGCCGACGUCGCGGCCAUGCUGCAGGGCGGCCAUCCCAUUGUGGCCGCCGCCGUGGACUGUUCGGAUGACGACGAGUUGGCAAUGAUGUGUAACGUUAACGCACUGCCCACAAUGCUGUUCUACCGUGAUGGUGAAACAGCCGAUGCGGUGCAGUACCGGGGCGACUGGUCUGCGGCCAGUAUGCGGCUGUUUGCAGUCGAAACUUCCGCCGCGGCACACAAGUGCACUAAAGUUGAUUUGAUUUUCUUAUCAAGUUCAAAAAGAUAA